CCACCUUCCUGGUCAAACGCAAGAUUCCAUCGACUCCUACUUGCCUACGGAUACUCCGUACAAGUUAGAAGACUUUUGGUACCCGUCGUCCUGGCAAGCCUCAGGGUUUUGUUCGUUAAAGCACCUACGAUCGCCAGUCCUCUGACUCGUUCCUCCCUUAGGACAUUACUUUGAACCAGCCCGUCUCAAUUUAUCUGCUGCGCCCCAAUUGAUCUCAUCCUCCUCGUAUUUCAUCGGCUCCCAACCUGCGUCAGAUCUCUCUGCUUUAGUUUCGGCCCUCGACGGACUUCUGCAGAAGGCUGGCCUGAAUUCACACAGACAGGAUCCUGCGACUGACCGUGUCUGCUGACCGCGACUGCCCCGGCUGCCCUGCCACCCUUUGCCUGAACCCUCCUUCCCCUUACAUGUCGAAAUCUCACCCUCGUGCAGGGUCCGAUUCAACCUGGAUCUCAACACUUUUCUUCACCACUUCCUCUCGAGGCCUCGUAUCGCCCGAAGAAGCAUAGAAAACAAUACACCCUCGUUUUCGCCAGACACCUCACAUUCAUUGCCCUCGGGCUUCUCCCUCCCAACAACAAUGGCCGGGCCUCAGGGCACUUUUACAGCUGCCAGCGAUGGACCUGGAAGCGCUGCCAUGGCGAGUAUCGCCUCUUCGUUCGCGAGUGAAUUCAGCCAAACCACUGGUGGUGAUGCAGCUACAACCAGGGACCGAACUUCCGCAACAUCGACGGGGACGACCGCGAGUGCAACAGGAGCUGAUGCAUCAACCUCUGGCACCAACACUUCGCCGACCACCUUCGCUACCUCUGUGACGACAGGCACGGCCGGUGCGAGCUCGAGUAUGGCAGACGGCACCAGCGGUACAGCGUCCAACGCCGCGAGCAACACCUCCGGAGCAGUCACUGUAUCGCAGAAAUCCUGCGACAGUCUUUCUUGCUCUUCCGCCCUAAAGGCCGCUGUGGCCGUCCCGAUCAUUAUCGCUGCUAUUGCAGGAAUCUUGCUGUUUUUCUAUCUCGUCAGAAGGAGGAGGAGGAGAGCUGCUGGUGCCGGGGUGUCAGAAAAGAAACCGAAGAAGGCGGGCAAGAAAUGGUCGCGACAUCUACGAGCAUUCUCGUUCGAUGCCGAGCUACUCAUGGGAGGUCGAUUCUCAAGCACCAACAGCGUUCGAAGUCGAGAUCCGAGUGUCCGGAGUGCAGGCAACAACUCCCGACAAGGUGCUGCCAGUGCCGAACCAAGUUUGCACAGUAUCGAAGAAGUCGCCCCUCCGUACCGAGAUGCCGUCUCGCAUGGUCAACCGCUUAGCCCAACGCAGAACCGCUCGGUUGCUCCUAUUGCAGCUGGAGGCGCCGCUACCGACCCAAUACUUCGCGCUGCUUCGACGGCCACAGCACCUCCACCUUACCGAGCAGUUGCUCACCAAGGCCACUCGCAGCCGGCAUCGCCUAUUUCUGGUAACCCGUUCGCGGACUCAGCACCAGUCAGCCCAAUCGAGGAUUCGCCGUUUAAUGACCCCCCUGGAGAGAGGCCAACAUUAAGUCGAGGCUCGUCGCUUUACCAAAGCGUCAAUACUGAAGAUGGAGCGCCCUCGGAUGCCGGGAGUAUACAAGAAGCCCAGAUAGGCAGACGCGUGUCUGUCAGGAACUCGGGUGCCGCACCCAGUAGUGGUAGCUAGCACACAAUGUAAACUUUUCGUUUGUCUGAUCAUGGCGUGGAGUUGGGGCACUUGCACCGUCGGAAUUACCGUGGAAAUGCCCACGUUUCCUUUCACAGACGGAGCCGGAAGAAAACAACGGGGAAUGGGUAUGGCGAUAUGUUUCUUUGAUGCAGUGAAAUGUGUUUUGAGACGUCCGGACUGAUCGAAAAAUCUGUAUGCGAGCUGAAUGGGAUGGAAUGGAAUGUGAACGAGACGGAUUGAUCACUGACGAGUGAUGCCCUAGAAAAGGCUUUGGCUAGGAAGGAAAUGCCUAUCAAUGCAUAAUCAUAACACCUAGACAA